AUGGAUAAGUCAUGGAUUACUAAGCCACAACCAUCGAUUGCAUAUCAGCAAGGGAUAAAAGAAUUUAUUGAUUUUGCAUUUAAAGGUGCAAAAGAAAAUGAUGUAGUAAUAUGCCCUUGCAAACACUGCGGUUUCAAAAAAUCAAAGAGUAGGAGUGACAUGUUCGACCACUUAAUGUGGUCACCAUUUCCGCAGGGAUACACCAUGUGGAUUCAUCAUGGAGAUUCCUUUGUUGUACCUAGUAUUAUCUCCCCUAGUACUACUCAAAAUAUGGUUGAAGAUACUAUCAUUUUUGAAGAUCCUAUCAAUGAUGCAUUUAGAGUUGAUAUGUAUCAUGCUAAUGAAAUACCAUCUGCGUCAAAUUUAGAGAUUGGCCAAGAAGAUUAUGUGAUGCUAAGUGCAACUCAGGAAAGAAACGAAGCCAAGGAGUACUGUAAAUUGACUAGAGAAGGAGAACAACCUUUGUAUGAAGGGUGUAGACGAUAUUCAAGACUAUCUUUUUUGGUUAAGUUGUACCAUAUAAUGUGUUUAUGUGGAUUGAGUGAGAAGGCAAUAACAAUGAUUUUAGAGUUAAUUAAAGAUGCAUUUAAAUAUGCAAACAUUCCAGGUUCGUUCCAUGAAGCCAAGAAAUCAAUCACAAAACUUGGUUUGAAUUAUGUAAAGAUACCUGCAUGUCCAAACGGUUGUAUGCUUUAUUGGGGGAGAAGAUGA